ACACUUGUGCCAGCGUCUUACAGUGUUGGCCGUUAGCUGCAAACUUGCAAUUGCCAAGACUUUGCCAGCAAGGUGGCUCUGUUGUGAAGGGGGAAAGGUAGCACGAUGCGGAGCGUUGGCAGCCUAGCGGUGGCCAAUCUGAUGGCGGUGUCCGUCACCGAAGUAUUCAUCGGGUUCGCGGUCUUCUCUGUGGUAUUCCUGCUGAUCCGCGCCUACAGAAGUAAAGUUCCCAAGGGUCUGAAGAAACUCCCGGGUCCGCCGACCCUGCCGAUCAUUGGGCACUCCCUGUCGUUGGGAGAAAAUCCCCACCUGACUCUCACCUCGCUGACCGAGCAGUACGGAGACAUCUUCCAGAUUCAGAUCGGUACCCGGCCGGUGCUGGUCCUCAGCGGGCUGAGCACCUUGAAGCAAGCACUGGUCAAGCAAGGGGACGAUUUUGCUGGACGCCCAGACCUCUAUAGCUUCAAGUUUAUAAACGACGGCAAAAGCUUGACUUUCAGCAGCGAUUCCAGCGAAGUCUGGAGACUGCGCCGUAAACUGGCGCAAAAUGCGCUGCGCACCUUUUCAGCCGAGGAGUGUAAAAAUUCCACCCACUCGUGCCUGUUAGAGGAGCAUGUCUGCGGCGAGGCGCAGAACCUGGUCGAGAUCUUCGCCGACCAGAUGAAGACAAGGGGCGGCUUCGACCCAGCGAGGUACCUCGUGGUGUCGGUAGCCAAUGUCAUCUGCGCUCUGUGCUUUGGCAAGCGAUACAGCCACGAUAACCAGGAGCUCCUCGACAUCAUCGACGUGAGCGACGAGUUCGGGAAAGUUGCAGCCUCGGGCAACCCCGCCGAUUUCAUCCCAAUCCUGAGAUUCCUCCCGAACUAUACCAUGAACAAGUUUAUCGCCAUAAACAAAAGAUUCAUGACUUUCGUUGAGAGCAUUGUCACGGAGCAUUACCGCACUUUUGACAAGGACAACAUUCGGGAUAUAACCGAUUCGCUGAUUGGACAUUGCCAGGACAAAAAAGUGGACGAAAAUGCUAAUAUCCAAGUAUCCGAUGAAAAAAUUGUCAGCAUCGUGAAUGAUUUAUUUGGAGCUGGUUUCGACACCAUAACUACUGGUCUCUCCUGGUCUGUUAUGUACCUGGUCUGUUAUCCUGACAUUCAGAAGAAAUUGCACGAGGAAAUAGAUGAGAACAUUGGGAAAGACAGAAACCCAAGGAUAGCAGACAAGCCAUUUUUGCCCUACACUGAAGCUUUCAUCAUGGAGACCUUCCGACACUCAUCUUUCCUACCAUUCACCAUUCCUCACUGCACAACAAAAGAUACAGAAUUAAAUGGAUAUUUUAUCUCAAAAAACACGUGUGUUUUUGUGAACCAAUGGCAAGUGAAUCAUGAUUUAACACUCUGGAAGGACCCAUUUGCUUUCCGCCCAGAGCGGUUCCUAAAUGCUGACGGAAAAAGUAUCAACAAAGUGGAGUGCGAAAAGGUGUUGAUGUUUGGCAUGGGCAAAAGGAGAUGCAUUGGAGAGUCUAUUGCCCGCAUAGAAGUCUUCUUGUUUCUCACCACUCUUAUCCAACAUUUGCGUUUUGAGAAAAAGCCGGGGCAGGACAUUGAUAUGACACCACAGUAUGGACUGACCAUGAAACCCAAGAGGUGUGAAGUGCAAGCUGUGCAACGUUUCUCUGCCAACGCAGCACCUUAAUACUUUACAAAUCAAGUAAAGGAGGACAGGAUUCAAUUUUUGUAUAUUACAGAUACAUACUGAUAGUAUGAGGGAAUAGUUACGCCUUAAAUUUUAUGUUUUCACGUGUUUAAUGAAAUAUGUUGCUGCUGUGCCACUGUUGCCUUGUAUUUAAAGUACCGAUGAAGAAGUAUCCUACUGUAUAAGCAGAAAUGAAAAAAAUAUGAAAAUGAAGUUUGUGAAGCUGUAUUCAAAAACAACCCAUUUAAGAAAGUACUUGUAUUUUUUAAAAAUGAAAUAUUUUACUACAGAAAACCAUGUAUUAAGGGAAAAUUAUACGAGACUGCUUCUUUAUACUGUUCAAAGGGAUUUGAUUUUUUAUACAUUUAAUCUCUGAUCAAAUUGAAUAAUUUGCUACUGAUAUAAAUGACUGUGUUUAUAUUAUGUCUUGCUGACAUCUAAUGAAUGUUUUAC